UGUUUAUUUUUGUCUAACGUUUUGAAAUAUUUUUACAGCAAAAUCAAGUACAGUAUAAGGUAAUCUAGCCGGAGUUUUGGUUUUCGGUUGACCGUCUGAUUGAUUUUUCUUGGGUGGAGAGUGCAGAUUUUGAAGGGAAAUGGUGGGGUUUGUCGCAGCAGAUAAAUUGAGGUCUCUGUGAACGGAUAUACGACGUCGUAGGGGUCUCGCCGGAGUUAGCGAAUCUGAUUCUUUUUCAGUUGACCGUCCGAUGAGUGGACUUUUCUGAGUCCUCGUUGAUCGGGUGCAAAAUUUUGAUAUUCAGGCCGUGAAGAAUGGGGCAUUGCUGUAGCAAGAACGUAACGGUCUCCGUUGACAAGGAUGAGUUCAACUCCACUUCCGCCUCCGCCAACCACCGCCGUCAAACCCCCGCAUCGGGAUCGCACAAGCCGUCGGCCUCCACCAAUGGGGCUGCGCGUACACCAGCUCAGUCGUUCACCGCGAGUCCAUGGCAGAGCCCAUACCCCGCUGGUAUUGCGCCGUCGCCAUCGCCGGCGAGGACCCCGGGGAGGAAGUUCCGAUGGCCGUUGCCUCCUCCGUCGCCGGCGAAGCCCAUCAUGUCGGCGCUUUUUAAAAGGCAACCAGCUGCUCAGCCUACGAAGCCGAUACCGGAGGAAGCGUCUGCGGGUGGCCGCGGGGAGGGGAGCGAGCGGCCGCUAGAUAAGAGCUUUGGAUAUUCGAAAAAUUUUGCGGCGAAGUAUGAACUGGGAAAGGAGGUGGGGCGAGGGCAUUUUGGGCAUACUUGUUGGGCGAAGGUUAAAAAAGGAGAGCUCAAGAAUCAGCAAGUGGCUGUCAAGAUCAUUUCCAAAGCUAAGAUGACGACAGCAAUAGCAAUUGAAGAUGUUCGGAGGGAGGUGAAGAUAUUGAAAGCUUUGUCUGGACAUAAAAACCUAAUCAAGUUUUAUGAUGCAUUUGAAGAUGCACAUAACGUCUAUGUAGUUAUGGAAUUGUGUGAAGGAGGUGAGCUGCUGGAUAGGAUUUUAGCGCGGGGUGGGAGAUAUACCGAAGAGGAUGCGAAGAAUAUAGUUGUGCAGAUGUUAAGUGUUGUCGCCUUUUGUCAUCUACAAGGUGUUGUGCACAGAGACCUGAAGCCAGAGAAUUUCCUAUUUGCCACACAAGAUGAGGAUGCUCUAAUGAAGGUCAUAGAUUUUGGUCUGUCUGAUUUUAUUAGGCCAGAUCAACGUCUCAAUGAUAUUGUUGGCAGUGCUUACUAUGUUGCCCCUGAAGUACUUCACAGAUCUUACAGCAGUGAAGCAGAUAUUUGGAGUAUUGGUGUAAUAACAUACAUUUUACUGUGUGGAAGCAGACCUUUUUGGGCACGAACAGAAUCAGGAAUUUUUCGUUCGGUGCUACGAGCUGAUCCCAACUUCUAUGAUGCACCAUGGCCGUCCGUAUCGCCAGAAGCCAAAGAUUUUGUGAAAAGGCUUCUAAAUAGGGACCAUAGAAAACGAAUGACUGCGGCCCAAGCACUGACUCAUCCAUGGUUAAGGAGCCUAAACUGCAUGAUACCUUUAGAUAUGAUGAUCUACAGAUUAAUCAAGUCAUAUAUUCGAGCUACUCCUCUGAAAAGGGCAGCCCUAAAAGCACUUUCAAAAGCUUUGACAGAGGAUGAGCUCCUUUACCUUAGGGCACAAUUUGAUCUCCUGGAACCGAAGGAUGGUUGGAUCUCCCUUGAUAAUUUCAGAACAGCUCUCAUGAAAAAUGCAACAGAUGCCAUGAAAGAAUCAAGAGUUGCUGAUAUCUUGAAUAUGAUGGAACCUCUAUCCUAUAGAAAGAUGGACUUCGAAGAGUUUUGUGCAGCCGCAAUUAGCACUUAUCAGCUCGAGGCUCUCGACAAAUGGGAGGAGAUUGCAAGUACAGCAUUCCAACACUUUGAACAAGAAGGAAACCGUAUGACUUCCGUUGAGGAACUAGCACAGGAGUUGAAUUUGGGUCCUACUGCUUACUCUCUGCUCAAGGAUUGGAUCAGACCAUCAGAUGGAAAAUUGAGUUUUCUUGGAUUUACCAAGUUCUUGCAUGGUGUAACAGUCCGCAACUCAAACACAAGACACCGACAGUAAGCAUAUAUGCUUAGGAGAUUGUUCGUAGUUUCAAGUCAUGUUAUAGUCUCUGAGUUUCCAUAUUCCAUUUUCCUUUCUCUCCUGGGAUUGUGUCAACACGUAUUCGAGAUUGUUGUCCAAGAUUUCUUGUUUAUUUGACCAUUUUUUUGGGUUCUCAAGGGUGUGAUCUGGGCUUUGGGUUGGACUUCAUUGUGAGGAGAUGAGGUGGGAAGAGAAUCAGAAUAUAUAGGGAAGCAAAUACUGUUAUUUACAAGGAAUACCUGAUUUUAUUAUACACAAAAUUCCUGAAUUGUUGUUAUGCUAUCA